UAGAAAAUUGUUUAUACUUUUAAACAUAUUUUAAACCUACUGAAAUAUUUAUUCACACGUAUGAUUUUCAGAUUUAUGAUUCAGUACAAAGUGUAAUUUUCUAGUAGAAGUUGUAUAAAUAGGAAAAAAAAAAGAAAAAGAAAUGGUAGUGGGUGUUUUUCCAGCUCUAAAAUUGGGAGUUUUGUUCGUUAAACAAAUUAGCAAGCCCAUAGCCAAGUUUCUUGUUAACCAAGCAAAAAAUCAUCCUGUGUUCAGGACAUAUUUCAUUAUACCGCCUGCACAAUUCUACCAUUGGGCAGAGGUAAAUGCCAAAAUGUAUUUAAUGAAUCUUAGCAAACCUACAAAAGUUGCAAAGUUGAAUGAAACUAUGGCCAUAGAAUUAGGAGCUAAUUUGAUGGGUGAGGUUAUCAUUUUUAGCGUUGCCGGCGGUUGUUUAAUAUUAGAAUACAAUCGUCAAGUAGCGAAAGAGGCGAAAAAAGAAGAAGCGCGUCUUCAGCAAAUACAAUUGUUUACGAAUGACAUUAAGAACUUGAAUCAGAUCACUUCUGAACAGGAAAGUGAAAUUCAAUAUUUACACGAGGUUAUUCAGGAAAUAGCUAAACAUAUGAAGUAUGAAAUUGUUGCGAAACCAAGGGUAAAAGAAACAAAUGAGCAAGUGCAACACUCAAAUAUCAAUGAGAGUCAGAAUAGCGCGAAUUCAAAAACCGAAAAACCGUCAAUAAUUGAACGUGCUAUAUUAUAUUACGAGAAUAAUGUGAAAACAGAAAAAGUCAGUUAACUGAAAUUUUUAAAUUUUAUUAAUGAUUGUGAUAGUGUAGGUAUAACUUGAAUAAUAUUAAAGGGAGAAAUGUAUUUAUGAUAUCACAGUGUAUAUAAAAAAUGUCCCAUAAUAUAUACAUGACUUCAUAUAUCAUUAAAAUCACACAUAACACAAUUUAUACAUUAGUAUGUAUUGUUGAGGACAUUCGGUAUUUUCUAUUUAUGCUUAUACAUGUAUAGUUUUUUCUAUCAUCAUUUUCAAAAACACAUAUACAUAGUCUGUAAAUUAUACAAAGACAAAACAUUUCUAAACUAGACAGCUUCGAACAAAGAAAUAGUCGAUCUAUAAUAGAUUCAAUUAAAUUGUAUUAUACAAUAAUGGUACUGAUAAAAAAAAAUAUUUUAGCACACAUUUUUAUUAAUUACUCGUAAAAAAAUGUUUAUUCAUUUAUUAGUUUAGGCUUAUUCCUUCCUUCAACAUUUUUUGUAAUGUAUGAAUUCUUGCCUCCAAAUUUUCAAACUCGAUUUCUAGAAUAAAAAGUUUUGAAAUUCGUUA